CUUCAGUUGAAGGAGGAGAAGCUUGCAGAGCAGCUCGGGCAAGCUGAGGAGCUCAGGCAAUAUAAAGUCCUGGUUCAGUCUCAGGAACGAGAGCUGAGCCAGUUAAGGGAGAAGUUCCCGGAAGGGAGAAAUGCCGCCCGCGCAUUGAAUCACCAUCUCCAGGCCCUCCUUACUCUGGAUGAACUGGCCAACUCUCAGGGGUGGGACCUCCGAGAACAGCUGGCCGAGGGCUGUAGGCCUGCACAGCACCUCGUCCGAAAGCUCACCCCAGAAAGUCAUGUAGGUGACGAUGAAGAUGUUGAAGUUGAGGAGGCUGAGAAAGUACAGGAAUCGUAUGCCCCCAGGGAGGUGUGGAAGGCUGAAGAAAAGGAAGUCCCUGAGGACUCAGUGGAGGAAUGUGCCGUCACUUGUUCAAAUAUCUAUGGCCCUUCUGAGUCCAACCAGCCUCAAAAGAACUCCAAAAUCACAUUUGAGGAAGACCAAGUGGACUCGACUCUGCUUAUAGACCGGUCGCUGGCUCACCCAUCAUGUGUUUGGGUUUUUUUCUCCCCAGUCCCUGGCUCCACCUCUUCUGCCGCAAACAUCAGCAUGGUGGUAUCUGCGGGCCCUUGGUCCAGUGAGAAGUCAGAGAUGAACACUCUCGAAAUCAACGAGAAAUUGCGCCACCAGCAGGCAGAGAACAAACAUCAGUUCCUAAACACCAAGGAGAAAUUGGUUGUAACUCAAGUGGCCUACUUUCUGGCCAAGGGGCAGAACACUUACAACUAUGAAGAGUGCAAAGACCUCCUAAAAUCUAUGCUGAGGGAUGAGCUUCAGUUGAAGGAGGAGAAGCUUGCAGAGCAGCUCGGGCAAGCUGAAGAGCUCAGGCAAUAUAAAGUCCUGGUUCAGUCUCAGGAACGAGAGCUGAGCCAGUUAAGGGAGAAGUUGCGGGAAGGGAGAGAUGCCUCCCGGGCACUGAAACAGCAUCUCCAGGCCCUCCUCACUAUGGAUGAGCCGGCCAACUCCCAGAGGCGAGACCUCCGAGAACAGCUGGCCGAGGGCUGUAGGCUGGCACAGCACCUCAUCCGAAAGCUCACCCCAGAAAACGGUGAAGAUGAGGAUGAAGAUGUGAACGUUGAGGAAACUGAGAAAGUACAGGAAUCACGUGCCCCCAGGGAGGUGCAGAAGGCUGAAGAGAAGGAAGAACCUGAGGACUCACUGGAGGAAUAUUCCAUCGCUUGUUCCAAUAGCCACGGUCCUUGUGAGUCCAACCAGCCUCACAGCAACACCAAAAUCACAUUUGAGGAAGACCAAGUCAACUCACGUCUCAUUGACUCAUCCUCUCAUGAUGAAU